AUGGGUUCACGGAGGACAAUGAACCGUUCCCUGUCUGGCAAUGGGAGAUCCCUAAACGGGACAGAAGUGAGAGGGAGCAGUCGUCCCCCUGGGUGCAGCUAUCUCUCCAGUGUGAGGCCAGAGAACAGGAGCACUCUGUGCAGUGUCAUUGCACAGUUAACAGAAGAGACUCAGCCUUUCUUUGAAGUAACUCUGAAAUCCCGGGCUGUCUCUGAGAGCUGCAAUGUCAAGUUCACAUGUGUCGUCACAGGGUACCCUGCACCUCAGAUCACCUGGUAUAAGGACGACAUUCAGUUAGACAGAUACUGUGGUCUACCAAAAUAUGAAAUAUUCCGCAAUGGUCAGAAUCAUUCCCUGCACAUAUACAACUGCACUGAAGAGGAUGCAGCAAUAUACCAGGCCUCUGCCAUUAACACUAAAGGCAUUGUAUCCUGCUCUGGGGUUCUUGAAGUGGGUGAGAUGAAUGAGUUUAAGAUCCACCAACGUUACUUUUCCAAACUCAAGCAAAAAGCUGAGAAUAAACGCAGGGAAGCUGAGGAGAAGGAAAACCAGGAACCAGAGAGGACCAUCAGCCCAGACAGAGCUCAGAGGAAACGUCGCUCCACUGUAGGGGGCUACAUCAGCGCACCGAGCUCUACAGAGGAGGACACUGGCGAGGCAUACCAGCAGGAGACUUCUGCAGAGGUCAAGGCCAAAGUACAGGAGAGCAGUGUGGAGGAGGUCAAAGACACUAAUAGAACCAUGGAGUCCAUAGAGUCUCAUUUAUUGAAUGGUCAGGACUCCAAAGAGAACACACCCUCACCAGGGAUACACAUAACCGACUCUGCUCAGAAGAUGUUUACUGCACAACCCAAAACUCUUUUUGGAAAGAAACUGAAAAUUUCUAACCCAGCUAAAGCUGAUCCUGAGGAGACAAAUGGGCAUGAAAAGGAGGUGAAAGCCUCUUUGGCUGGUUCAGAGUUACCCAAAUCUCCAAAAAAGACAAAACAUUUGAUGGAUGUGGAAAAUAGUGCUACUUCAACCUCUGUGCUUCCUUCUUUUAAAUCUUUGAAAAGACGUGUAACAAGUAUUGGUGGCAAACAAGGCUUAAGUCAGGAAAAGGUUGAUCAUAAAACACCUAAAGAAAAUGUAAAAGUACAGAAUGGAAGUCCCUCCAAUAACCCCUCUCCUAUGGUACCUCCCAGAGCUUCAAAACUCCAGCUGCCUCAGCCAACAAUAAAACAGGAUAACAGUACAACACCUAAGGUCAUAGACAGGGAUAAGAAGGCACAGGGUUUGUCCCCUGAUAUGACUCCCCACACAGACACAUCAUGUGACAGUGGGACUGCUCUGCCUCAGCCUCCAUGUCAGCAGGUCAGACAAGAGCCGGCCCAAAGGGAAACAAGACCUGACCAAAAAAGAGGGCGCAUGCCCACACCAGUGCAGAAGAGAGAGGCUACACAGGCCCAAGCAAAGACACAGAGGAAUGAGGCACCUGUUGACCUUGAGCUGAAGCCCAAGCUCCACACAACAGUGGAAGCGGAGACGCCCCCCUCUGAGACGACAGAACAGGACAGGCGUGGUUUGUCUUUGCACUCUGGUCUUCACAAGGCCAUGGACAACAUGAGCCAGGACACACAGGAUCAUUCCAGGGGAUCAGGUGAAAUCUGUGUGGGCCUUUUAGCAGACACACAGAAGCCACCACUCAAAAGCUCUACUACCGCUGAGAACAAGUCCAAGUGUAAUGUUCCUCCCGGUGUACAGCAAAGCCAACCUAAUAUGCCCAUAAAAACAACUGAAGGGACUGAUAUACAACUUCAUGAGAAGGUAAAAGGGCAGGAGACUAAUUCAUUAACAUCACCGUCGACCGGUGGGGCUCAAAGUGAAGAGGAUAAAAUGAGUUCUGCUGAAAAAGCCAGAAAUAUUGAUGAAAUGGCAGUGAACCUAUCACAAGAAGAAAAAGAAUGUAAAGGUUCAGUAAAAUCUCUACAAGUGUCAUCAAGAGGACAUAGUCUGUUGCAGCCAGAAGAAAAUACACAGAUUACAAAUAAAACAGACAUGUUUUUGGAGUCAGAGCCAAAAGACCUUCAAAAAUGUUCAUCACCCAUUCCAAAUAUAAUAUCUAUUGCUGAACUCCUGAGGUCACAAAUAAAUGCUCUUGAGGAGUCGAUUUCCUCACGAAUAGCCCAAGUAGACAAUAGAGAAUGUCCCACUGGGAGGGGAGUGGGUAGUGAAAGCAACACCACCAACAUAAACAAAGACGUGCUUAUUGAUAAGAGCCCACCUCAAACCAUUAAGGAGACACUAAUGCAAAUUUACAAUGAGUUGAUCAAAACUAAGGAACUCUUUGUGGAAGAAGCUCCAGUUUUAUCAAACUGUACACAGCCUCUUGAGUCUGUAGAAAUCCCUUCUUCAGUUACACCAGAAAAAACUAUAUAUAGUGAGAUAAAUGAACACAAAGCAACCAACUGCCUGUCUGAAACAGGGUUACCUCUGAAGGACAGAGAAGAGGAGCCUCCCAAUGAUGAAUCUGUGCACGACACUGAUACACAGGCAGUGACCAAACAACCUCCUGUAUUGAAGCUGGAUUGUGUUCCGGUUGUAGAGGUUAGAGAAAUGUUUGCAGCACCACUCACUUAUAAUAGCAAUAUGGACGAACCUAAAUCAAACACAAGUAGUUUGGAGAAUGUUCAAGAGCUUCCUGUUCCAAGUGCUUCGGACAGUGUAGGUAUCUUACAAAAGAACAAUAAUCUCACUGAAGACACUGAAAAGGCGGUUAUCUUGCCUCAUCUUAUUCUUGACAUUAGUCCAAUGUUAGAGAAAAGAGAUUGUGAUUCUAUUCCUUCUGCAACUCCACAAGAACUUGCAUCUGGAGCCAGACGCAAAAUCCCCACACAUAAAACCAAACUGGAGGAAGUGGAACCCCCUACUGCCAACAAUGACUUCAAUCCUGUAAGUGUUUCUACUUCUCCACGACUUUGUCGACAUUCAGCACUGCUUCAGCCCAAUGUAGAACCUGCAUCACCCAAGAAAAAACGCUCCCCACUCCUGAGUAGAAAGAAGUCACCUGUUGAGAUCCAAAGUCCACAAACCCCCGAGCCUCCAGAUAUUAAAUCUGAGGAGUGCCCUGCAAACAAGAACAAGAAUGAUCCCUACAGAGCGCCACAAGUCAUUCGAAAAAUUAGGGGGGAAACUUUUGCUGACCACUCAGGAAACAUGAAACUGUGGUGCCAGUUCUUCAAUGUCCUCAGUGAAUCUACUGUUACAUGGUAUAGAGAUGAACUGGUAAUAGCUAAAAUGUUAAAAAGUGCAGGGGAUGAAACAAAAGUCAAUCUUGCUCUUGCCCAAGCCACAUCCCUCGACACUGGUGUUUAUGGAUGCACAAUUACAAAUGAAUAUGGGACAGACUCAACAGAUUUUCUGCUCAGUGCUGAGGUUUUGAGUGGAAUGUCUCUGCAAGAAGAUCUUGGUGUUGGAGAGGAAAUUGAACUAACGCCUCUAAUAUUCAACAAAGGAGUGGCUGAUUCUUGUGUGUGGGGGAACAAAUUAUUUGGCCGCAUAAUGGUGCAAGAAAGUCGUCUUGGUGGAGGAUUUUCCCAUAAAACCUGGAGGGCCAAAGUCAUUUAUGGUCUUGAGCCUGUGUUUGAGUCUGGUAACUUGUGCAUUAUUAAAGUAUGCAAUCCCAUUGUAUAUGGAGGUAAAGGGGAAGGUCUGCUGAUAGAAAAGAAUCAAGAAGGUGUUCAACAGGUGUGUAAAAUUCAAAACCUUGUUCGAGAAUACUGCAAGAUUUUCUCUGCAGAGGCAAGAGCAAUAGAAAGUUUUGGCUCCUCCCUUGAAGUGAUCCCAGUUUACCUGAUGUAUCGACCAGCCAACAGCAUACCAUACUGCACAGUGGAGACUGAUCUGAAGGGGGAGUAUAGCAGAUACUGUGGAAUGGAUCACACAGGAAGGUUAGAUAUGAGGAGUGGAUCGGAGGUGGAGCAGAAGUGUUGUGCACUGCUGCACUGGAUCUUUCAGUGGACCAGCGGAAACAUGCUUUUCACCAAGUUAGAAGGUGUUGACUUUAAGAUCACAAAUGUUGGAAUUUCUGUCAAAUCUCACGGGCACCAAGGUCUCCCUCUUGAGGGAAAUCCAAAAGUAUUUGAACAGUUUGUUACCCAGCAUCAGUGUAAUUAUUUCUGUGGCUUGCUGGGUCUACGAUCACUAAAGGUUAUUGAGUCACUAUUGAUGCCUACUAAACCUAAAGGCUCCAAAAGUCCAUUGGUUCAACGUAAAAUGGGCACUGGCUCUUCAAGCCCUCAGGCUGGACGGAAGACAUCUGCUAGCCCCAGGAUACCUAAGAAGAUCCAGCAAGAUGGCCAAAGAACUCCCUCUGAACAAAAACUUGCAGAUGAAUCCAUGCCAAGAAUAAGCUGAGUAUUAGUCAUUCAAACUGUGAUGUCUCUAUGUAUCAGUUCAUAGAAUAACUGAAAGUAGCAACAAACAUCUAUAGAAAUAUUUCUAACUAGUCAAGUAAUUCUAGUUAUCAUCUUACAUUUUGCUUUGUCAGGCAUCAUUCCUAUGCAUCAGCUCUUAUAAAUGUAGGUUACUAGGCUGAUACAAAACUGAUUCACAGUCUGCAGUAAGUACAGUUGCAGAGUUACAGAUGACAAAUGAUUUAAGUUCAUAGGAUCAUCAUCAUCAAGAUAUCACUCAAGCCAAAUGUAGCAACAUUGGUGUUUGUCCACUUGCUAAUAUGAUCUUUUCUAGUGGGUCUCUGGGUCAUGAUUAUGUGUUUGAAAGCACCUUUAAAUAA